UUGAUUAUAGGCACAUCGAAAGCCAUAUCCACUGGCCACAAAGCUGCAGAAGAAUUACUUAUUCAACUGAUUGAUAAUGGUCCACGUGAAUUUGAGUUUGAUAGGGCGCAACUUAUAGAAGUUUUACGUUUGGGAGCCGCUGUGUUUUUAUCGGAAGACACUUUGCUAGAGGUACCUGUUCCAUGUGUAAUUUAUGGCGAUACUCAUGGGCAAUAUUCAGACCUUUUACGGUGGUUCAACUUAAACGGUUGGCCACACGAGACAAGAUGCGUUUUCCUCGGAGACUUUGUCGACCGCGGUUCGCACGGAGUUGAGCUGUUCACGCUUAUUGUUUGCCUAAAGGUUUGAUG